CCUACACCAACGGUUUAUACGCUUACACGCAAAGCUUUGGCAAGCCUUGUGCUGCUAUACCGCGCGCGGCUUGGCCACAUCUGGCCGCCGCGGCCUACUUCAAAAUUUCCUGGAAGCUUUGAACGCACAUUUCCUCUUUAGCUAGCUCUUCACCUACUGUUGAGAUAUUCUAGUUGUACAAGAUGGGCAACGUGUGUGCACGGCCAAGCGUGCUGAAUAGCCCGCGAGCUACAGCCGACAAUUAUAUUGUUGUCCAUGAGGCUGGAGGGACAGCGCCAGUCAGCUACCGUUUUGGAGCACAAGCAAGCAAGCCACCACCUGCUUGCCCGCCAAAUGUUACUCCAAGCCCCGCUCAGCCGGUUCAACAUACUCCAUCGACGACAGCCAACACCGGGUCCUCUAGCCGCGACAAAGCUCAAAAUAGCGUUCAGCCGCAGGCAUCAGAAGUUCAGCAACCGGCUAGGCAGCCAGCUCCGCAACCUUGCGAAAUCGCUAGCCAGGUUGCGCCCGAUGUGGACUCCAUGCUUGCCAGCUCAAACGUAACUAUGAUGCCAACAGCGCCAUUCUCUUGGCAGAAGGGCAGACAAAUUGGGCAAGGUGCUUUUGGCACCGUGUACAUGGGCCUCGUUCACGCAACCGGCCAGGAAAUCGCAGUCAAGCAGGUCAGCUUACCCCGCGACGCGGCGAGCAACGGCAAAGUAUCAGAUCACAUCAGGUUGCUGGAGGGGGAGGUGGCGGUGUUGCGCAAACUGCGGCACGAAAAUAUUGUGCGCUACCUUGGCACGGAGCGCACGGGAGAGCACCUUAACAUCUUCCUCGAGUACGUGGCAGGCGGGCCCAUCUCCAACAAGCUCGCGCAGUUUGGGCCGCUGCGCGAGGAGACCAUCCGCGUUUACACGAAGCAGAUCCUGCGGGGGCUGGAGUACCUGCACAAGAUGAAGGUGAUGCACCGUGACAUUAAGGGCGCCAACAUCCUUGUCGACACCAACGGCAUCGUCAAGCUAGCGGACUUUGGCGCCAGCAAGCAGAUUGAGGAGCUGGCGACAAUCGGGGGCGGGGCGCGGUCCAUCCGCGGCACGGCGAACUGGAUGGCGCCGGAGGUUAUUAAGCAGUCGGGCCACGGGCGGACGGCAGACAUUUGGUCGCUAGGAUGCGUCGUCAUUGAGAUGGCUACAGGCCGCGCUCCCUGGUCCAACUUCAGGGACCCCUACGCCGUGAUGUUCCACGUCGCGUCCACCAAGGAGCUCCCCACCAUGCCGGACUGGCUCUCCCCGCACGCCAAGGACUUCCUCACGCUCUGCUUCAACCGGGUGCCGCACGAGCGACCCAACGCCACGCGGCUGCUGCAGCACCCGUGGAUGCAGGGCGUGCCCGUGCCGCGCGCCACAGCAGCGCCGCCCGCCAUGCUCCCCAUCCCACCCGCAUUGCCAUUGCCGCCAGCCACGCAGGCCCCGGACUCCCAGCAGCAACAGCAGCCGCUUGCAGCAGCUGCACCCCCACAGCCGCCUGCUCCGGCGCCUCUACAGCCGCCACAGCAACAGCAGCUGCCGCCCCCGCCUGGCCUGCGCUCGCCGCCUUCUCCCAUUAAGGAGGAGUGCGAUUCGCGCUUCGGCUCACCGGCAGCGGCUGGGGCGACCACUGUGGGCUGCUCCACCCCCACCACUGCCCGCACAGCAUUGCUGAAUGCGGCUGGGCAGCCGCCUCGACCUGCGGUGCCCAUGCUGCCCUUGAAGGAGAUGAAGAUGGGGAUCCUGUCGGCGCAGCCGAUGUCGCAGACCGCCAGUUCCUCAGCACCUGGCUCUCAGCGGACAGCGCCGAUGCCGCCGACGCUUCCACCCAUAGCGCCACCCAAGUCUCCGGCGCCAGCGCCUCCGCCUCCACCUCCGCCCCCUCAGCAGCAGCAACAGCAGCCCGAGGCCAGCUAUCCCCAGAACCAGCAAUACGACACGAUGGUCGACACGGAUGCCGUACGGAUGCAGCUGCAGUACCUGCAGCAGCAGGCGCAGCAGCUCGACAAUGCACACGACAGCAUCUGCAUGGGCGUGGGCAUGACCAUCAGCAUAGGCGACCCCUCCGCCAACGCCUGCCGAGCGAGCACCAUGACGCUCAGCGGCUUUAACCCGGUGGAGGAGCCCUCAUGGAUGCCGCACCAGUUCCAUAACCACCAGGCCUUCUUCCAACACUUAGCUGCCGUGUCGGAGCGGAGUGUGCCCGGGUCGCCCGCGGGAAGCUCCCACGGCUGCAACAGCGCUGAGCGCCCUGACAUGGCGGCCAGCACCAGCCAGCCCGAUACCUGCAAGGCGGCUGCUGCGCCGCUAUCGGGGGAGUUGCAGCCGGCCACUGGAACGCCGCGAAGUGGGACAGGCUCGCAGCGCUUAACAGGGCGUGGCGGCAAGAUGAUGGGGGUGCCAUCUCGACCGGCGCUGGCGGGGGUGUUCGCUGCAGCAUACGAGCCCGAGGAUGGUGAAUUUCCGCCGCCGGAGGUGGACCAGCCCUCGACAGCUGGAAGCGUGGUUGCGUCGCCGAACACCGUACGCGUAGCAGCACCUCAGCAGGGGACCCGACCUCGUGUCAGUCAGUCGCGCCGAGCGCUCGAGGAGGCGGGCAUCCUGGGUGGAGGCACGCUGGACCCGGCACGCGCGAAGCAGUACCGCGACGAGUUGGUGGCGGAGCUGGAGGCUGAACGCAUGCGGGCAGCUGCAGCCGCCUACCCGCGGGAGAGCAUAGCACAAACUGCCAUGGCUGCGGUUGGAGGCCGGCCGAGUGUGGCGGACCUCUGAUCCUCCAACAGUGUGCCGCCCGCUGCCGGCGGUAUUGCAAGUAUUGGUGAAAAGAUGAGCAGUUGCGUUGCUUUCUGGGGGCUCGCAGGUUAUGUGUACCUAUCAGGGACCGGUGGGUGUCGGGCGUGUGAUCUCCUAGUUGUCUAUGGCUGCUGAUAUGGAGCGGUCUCUAUGCUGCGUGUUUCCCUCCCUUCUGGGCUCCCCUUGAGCCGUGGUUCCUGUCCUGAUCCUUUAGGAUAUUCAAUGAUCACGAAGGCAUAUACAGUCAACCUUCAUUCCCAUCGCUCUGUCGGUUUGUAUCAUCUUAGGUUGGACGUGACCCGUCUUGUUUGCGCCGAGAUAAGAUGUGUAGCAGGGGGUCGGUCUGUUUGUUCUUUACUAUGAUCGCUGCUCGGCAGCACCUAUUGACUGACGACAUGACAGGAUGCUAAAUGAGCAUGGAGGCGGGGCAAGAGAUUGUCUGCAAUUCCGUGGGAGAUAACGUAUGCUUACAAGACAAAGGGGGUCAAUGCCGCGUCGUAAUCGCUUUGUCGGUGCUUUACUAGGUCAAAUGCAUUGGCUACCGUACAUUUGUUGGAGAGGUGACAUGUACGGAGGGACAAGGUGUUGGCAUUGUCGUACAUCUGUUGACAGAUUGACAAUGAGCGUUCAUGGAACCAUGGGUCGUGACCCCCUUGGUCUGCAGCCACGACCUGGCCUGGGGUUUGUGCAAUCCUUACGUGUUUGAUUCGUUAAAUGUGUCCAGCUGUGUUUCCAUGUUUGCGUCUUUAGCGGGCUGACACGCAGCGCUGUCACACUUGAGAAUACAUGCGACCCCUCAUGCACUCUGUUGUUACAAGCGGCCUACGUCUCAAUAGGCGUGCUGCUCGGCAAAGU